GGUGUAGACGUCACGUAAAAAAUCUCAAGCCUCAUCAAGGCCAUCGUAAAUAAUGACCGAGCCCGUCCUUGUCGUCUCCGAGCACGCACCCCAAACAUCCCCAGCCCACGCUUCAGAAAUCGCCCCUGCCGCACCAGCUGACGCAAACACCGAGCCCGAGUUUACUCCAAUCAUCCCACUGAACAAGGUGUUGAUUACGAAUACGGAUGAGCUCGGGAUCUUCGACCAAUCCCGUCUCCUUGCCUAUUUCAAGCGCCUCAACUCCUUCUCCCAUCUCUACACAAAGGACGAGGUCACGGUGGAGCUCCUUGAGUCCAUCGAGCGCGAGCUGCUCUCCCAUGAUGAAGUAUCCACCUACUGUCGCCUAUACCACGACGAACCCGACUCCCCCGUCACCCUUGAGCAGUUCGCCGCCACCCUCGAGCAGUACAACCCCGAGAACUUUGUUGGGCAGAUCAUGCCCCGAGUGGAAAACACACGCUUCUACACGGUCGUCAAAACCUUCAUUGAGUGGUCUCACAAGAUUGGCAAAACAAAGAGUGUCCCCGACUUCAUCGCCUCCGCCCACUGGAAGGGGGCCCUCGACACAAGCGACUUUGUCGUGAGUCAGAUCAUCCAGAUCCUUCACCAGUCCCCCUUCGGAACCGACACACCAGUAAAACGCUCGCAACUCCCGACACACGUGUACGAGUUCCUUAACCGGGUCUGGAAGUUUAUCGCUCAUCAACAAGCAACCACGGAGGCGCAGAACAUCAAGACCCAGCGACCCACGGCCAAGCUCGACCACACCAAGCUUGGGUCGUUCAAAUUGUCGCUCAAGUCGGUUCCCGCGCUUUCAAUCGACGGCCACGACGAAUGGGAAGUCGAACAGAUCCUGGACUCCAGGUUGUUCCGAGGCAAGCUCCAGUAUCUUGUGCACUGA